GUUGUGUAUCAUUCUGUCUGAGCGGCAGCAUAAAGGGCUUUGAAACCUAAGUUGAAUUUCCUCAAUCAGCUGGCUCAUUAAUCCUCAAAUUGAGGUAGGGUGACCCUAACAUGGACGUGGAAGAUAGAUUAAGUUCAACAAAACCCCGACAUUUUGAAAAAACUGCACCAACGAUGAUUGGUCCCAAUAAACCGAGAGAACUCCCAUUGCGUUUGUAUUAUGGGAAUGGUCAACGAAUCCAUGCCCAGAAGUGUAUUGAAUAUGGUGUGGUUGAUCGACUGUGUGAAGAAUGUGGGCAAGUUGGACAACUAACUUGCUUUUCAUCAUCCUUCCGAAAGUGGGCUUUAAGUAGAGUAACAAGAGAAGAGAUGUAUUACUUUUGUGGCCGAUGUAUGUUAUAUGGACACAAAACUCCGGAUUGUGAUCUUCUUGGUAUACCUCCCAUAUGGCACGAUCCUACUCCUAAAGAGAGGAAGGCAGUGCAUUGUGGAUUAUGUGGGAAACCUGGACAUAAUCGACGAACAUGUUUGAAGGUUGGACGUAACUGAACGUUCAUGUGAACAAUGCCUUGACAUUUUUAUCGUUUGAAAUCUGAGACUUUUGGAUGAUUUAUUCUUGGUGCACAACUUUUGAUACUAUUUUUACCUUGUCUUCUUUGGUAGAUCAGAAUAUAAAUGAUGUUUCCUUGAAAUCUAAGUUGUAUGGAAAGAAUAUUUGUGU